AUGGCGCGGGAUAGUGAGAUGCAGGAAUUCACUCGCAGUCUCUUCCGAGGCCGCCCGGACCUCAGUACGCUCACACACUCCAUCGUGCGGCAGAGGUUCUUGGCUCACGUGGGCCGCAACCAUCUGGAACCUGAGGAGAAACAGGCGCUGAAGCGGCUGGUGGAGGAAGAGCUGCUGAAGAUGCAGGUGGAUGAAGCAGGUACCAGGGAGAAGCGAGGCUUUUCGAAAAAGGUCAAGAGGCCUCCCACCCCUUCCAGUGACCCAGAGAGAAAAAGGUCUCGUUUCCAUUCAGAGACAGAGCUCAGCUCUGCAGCCUCCAGUCCAGAGUGUUUCGGCUCCCCAGCAAAGAACGGCUUGUCGGCAGCUGCAGUCAGUCCAAGGCCAUCCGCAAAGAAAGCAAUGGAGGAGAGCAGCGAUAAGGAAGAGCAGAGGGAUGUGACUGCCAAGAUGGGAUUAGAGGAAUUGAGUAGUGAGGAAGAGGAGUACAAGGGCCGGACUAGGAAGAAAACUGUGACAAAGAAGAAUAAACAGACAGCAAACAAGGCCUCAGCCAGUAAGAAACAGGCUAGAAAGGAGAGUGAGGACAGUGAGGAGGAACCUACCCAGAGGAUGGGAAGGAAGGGAAAGAAAAAGAAAGGAGCUAUAAGCCACCAUGAAAGUGAGGAUGAGAAGGGGGAGACACCAGCCAAGAAGAAACAGGAGGAGGAAGAAGAGAGUAACGAGGAGUGCAGACACAGAGCCAAGAUCAAUGGAGGGAAAAGGUUAGCUUGCGAGGAGAUCUUUAAACAGAGAAGCAGGGCAGGUAGAAGGCAAGAGAGAGAGAGAGAGGAAGCAGUCAGUGGGGAUAACACUUGGGAAGAAACAAAGAGCAAGGAUAGGAGCCAGUGGAAAGGUGGAAAAAGGCAGAGUGGAAGCAGUGUAGACAAUGGGGAAGACAGCUGCAGAAAGGUAAAGCCUAAGAACAAAGGGACUAGAAAGGCAGCCCAUGUGGACAGUAGUAAUAGUGAAGAGAGUGAAUCAGAGAGGGAAGUAAGUGGUAGUGAGGCAGGUCAGAGUCCCAAGGGGGAGAGGAAUAACUACUCUUCCAAGAAGACCUCCAAGAAAGGCAGAAAGACACGAAGCUCCUCUUCCUCCUCAGAUGGAAGUCCUGAGCCUAAAGGCAGGAAGGCUGUCUCUGGCCGUCGUGGUGAGGACCAUCCAGCUGUGAUGAGGCUAAAACGCUAUAUCCGGGCAUGUGGGGCCUAUCGCAACUACAGGAAGCUGCUGGGCACCUGUCAUACGCACAAGGAGCGCCUGAGUGUCCUUCGGGCGGAGCUGGAAGCCCUGGGCAUGCAGGGUAACCCUUCCAUGGAGAAGUGUCGGGCCCUGAAGGAACAACGGGAGGAAGCAGCUGAGGUAGCCUCCUUGGAUGUUGCCAACAUCAUCAGUAGUUCAGGCCGGCCACGCAGACGCACAGCCUGGAACCCUUCAGGAACAGCAGCCUCCUCAGAGGAGCCAUAUCGUAGGACUCUGGACUCAGAGGAUGAGCGGCCCCGCCCCCCACCCCCAGACUGGUCACAUAUGCAUGGCAUCAUCAGCAGUGAUGGCGAGAGUACCUAA